AUGGAUAGCAGGCGUACGCGCAUAUUGUGCGUGAAUUGUAAUAUCUGCGUAAAUACUCUUCGCCGAUAUCGGAUUUUCGAUCAAAACACGAGUGUGUACGGUGCUCUGCAACUGGAUUUAUCCACAAAUCAUUACUGAUGACGAUUAUGUUUGUGAAGAUUGUUGGGAAUUUUCGAUGGCUGCAGUAAACCAGAAUCUUCAACAAAAUACUGCUAAUGAACCUCAAGCUGGAACAAGUCAGCGCGGUCAUACCAAUGUUUGUAUUUUAUGUGGCUGUUCCCUGGUACGAAGACAAAGUGACAAAAUAUUAAAAGAUAAUCCCACUGAAAUCCAACUGCAGAUGAUUGAAAAAAUUAAACGCUAUAAGGAACCACAGCAGGUAACAACUUCAGACAAAGUAUGCCAUGUCUGUUGGUUGCGAAUCAAAAGAGAGGUCCUACGUAUGAAUCGUGUUGAAGAAUUAAGAGUGGAAGGAGCCAUACAACAUGGAGACGAUAAUGCCUCACAUAGUAACCUACCUAAUGAGCCUACUGUUGCAGAGUAUAUCUCUAUACCUGAAGCAGGUAUAUCUUUGGAAGACCACCAAUCUCAUGGAAAUCCACAUGACCAAGAUAUUGUCAGGGCAUCAGGUACUCAGAAUAUAGAGUCUGGAACUAUGGUAUUACCAGAUUACAGGAGAGCGGCCAAUACUGGUAACCAUUGCCUCUUUCCUGACUGCAAUAAUAUUGGUACUUUGCACAGUGUUUCAGACAAAUUAAGAUCUGUAAUAUUAAGUAACCAUAAAUAUUAUGUUCCAAAACUAGCCCGAAUCUGUAGCAUUCAUUUAUUUAGAAAUUCAUGGGAUAGUCUGUACGAAUCAGAGAAUAGCAUUAACGUAUUUAAUGUUGAGCAUGUUCAACACAUAUUUUCAUUUGUAAAUGCAUUUAAUCCUACACUAGACUUUGAAAAUUUACAAGAAAUGGAUGACCAGAUAUUUGAAUAUUAG